UGCGCGGGUCGAUGACGUAUUUCCGCUUCCGUCACGGCGCGAUUUGAAGCGGGUGAGCAGCGCGACGCACAGACGUGAGAUGAUGUCAGUGGACCGAGCUGCUGCUGCUGCUGCUGCUGCUGCUGAUGAUGAUGAUGAUGGUCUUCCUCUCUCACUGACCCGUUCCUGGCCGUCGUCUCUCUCAGUGCUCUCAUCUUCUCGUCAGGUCACCGCUCAUCUCUACAGCUCUUUACAGCACAGCCGACAGCAGGAGGUCAAAGGUCACGCAGCCAGGCAGGUGUCGUUCGCUCUGUCCUCUCCUGAUCUCACUGCAGCCACGCCCCCUCUCCUCUCUCAUGGGCUGCAGGACCUCAGCCUGGACUCCGCCUCCUCGUGUGAUGUAAUUGGCUCAGGAGUGGAGGGGGUGGAGUCAGAGGCGGAUCUUCAGAACAGUCUGAGCAGAUCUGCACAGCUGACAAGCGGCAGGAAGCACAUAGAGGAAAUGGAGAAUGUAAGGACACACUUACAGUCCAUGCUGAGAAACACACCGACAUCAUCAGACAGACACGACUUUCUGGCCCCUGUGUCGCAGCACAUCCUGGAUGAUUCACACGAAAGUGACGCCACGUCACACCUGCUCAGUGCUGGGCUGUCUGUGGCUGGCGUGGAGCAGCUGUUCCCGCGGUAUUCCCGUCUCCAUGCAGACUGGAGCGGUGGUGUGUCGGAGCUGCAGGUGUUGAGAGAGAGUCUGGACCGAGAGAGAGAGCGCAGGAAGGUGUGUGAGCAGCAGGUGGCGUCUCUCCACAGUAAAGCUCUUCAGUUUCAGCAGCAGUUAACACUCGCUGUGGCUUCUGACCGCAAGAAAGACAUCAUGAUCGAACAACUGGACAAGACACUGGUGAAGGUGGUCGAGGGCUGGAAGAAACAUGAUCAGGAGCAAAACGAGGAGAUGAAACGCCUGCUCGAGGAGAAGGAGACCGCAGAGAGAGCACACAACACACACCAACAGGCUCUGUCUCGUGUCGAGCAGAAUCUCUCUCAGGUAGAAGAAACUCUACAGCAGCAGCAGAAACACAAGCAGGAGCUACAGAAGACCAACAAACACCUGGAGCAGGAGGCGUGUGAGCUGCGUCUGCGUGUGGAGGAGCUCCAGCAGGAGGAGCAGAAGCUGCGCAGAGAUGCAGACAGACUCCGAGAGCAGCUGCACAAGCUCCAGACGGAGUCACACCACACACACACACACACACAGCAGCUCCAGCAGCAGCUGCACACACACACGGAGCAGCUGAAACAGGAAGUGGCUGCGCGUGAAGAGGCCGAGAGCAGGACACGACAGAUACAGGAAGAGCUGGAGCAGAUCAGGAGAGAGAGAGACACGCUGAGAGUGGACCGGGCGCUGGACCAGAAGCGGUUCGAGGCGCAGAAGUCUCAGAUGGAGGCGGAGUUUCGUCUGUCGUUAGAGCAGCAGAUCAAUGAGAGACUGACGGCGGUACAGGAGGAGAACACGACACACAACACACACCUACGACAACAACACAGGAAGCAGCUGCUGGAUCUGAGUGCGCGGCACGAGCGGGAGCUGGCGGCUCAGCUGGAUCAGUUCAGAACACGGUUACAGGAGAAAGACGACAAACUGCAGCAUCUCACACACAGCUACCAGCACAAACUGUCAGAGAUGCAGGAGGAGCUGGUUUCCAUGGCAGCGUCUAAAAGGAAGCUGGAGAUGCAGAGGGAGGAGCUUGUGUCCCGCCUUCAGGGAAUGAUGCGCUCCCAUUGGGCGGAGGCUUUACGGCUGUUGACCAAUCAGGAGCAGAUGGAGAGUUUUUUAUCACCCGUCCCUCAGUGGGAAGCAUCUAAAACAUCCUCUUCUCCUCCUAAGAGUGACACACAAGCGUCAGCUCCGCGGGCCGUGGUUCUGCAUCUGUCUAGAGAGAGAGAGGAGCGAGGGAUGAGACCAGAGGAGAGAGAGCGAGGGAUGAGACCAGAGGAGAGAGAGCGAGGGACGAGACCAGAGGAGAGAGAGACAAGAGCACAUAGAGAAACGAGCUCACACUCAGAGUCUGAACUGUUGAACUGCAGCACUUCAUUCUGUCCACUGGAGCCAGUGCUGGAGCACACGGAUAUGACCGCGCUCAGUGACUGCAGUGGAUUGUGGGUCAGGCCUGUGUUCUCAGAGAAUGAAACGAUGAAUGAGAGGAACGAGGAACUGAAAGAAGCUCAAACGAAGCAGAUUCUCAAUCUGAAUCACAAUCAGUGUGAAUCCAGUCAGAUCAGAGUGAAGCAGAGCCACGCCCCCACAGAGACACGGACCAAUCACAGCGCCAGUGCAGAGAGUGGGCGGGGCAGGGGAGGGUCUUCUGGAGUGUGGUAUAGCAGUGAUUCAGAGAAAGCCCCGCCCAUCAGAGGUGAAGCUCCGCCCAGCAGGACAAGAGGUUCCUCUCUGAAUGAAGACAGACAGAGUGAGCUGCAGUAUUACGUGUCAAAGCUGCUGGAGCGUUCCCCUGGCGACCCUCUGGAUGAGCCAAUCAAAGAGCAUAAACACGAGACAGAGUGUCACAUGAGCGACCCGAGAGCAAACCUGGAGCAGAAACCAGAUCAAGAGGUGUGUGUGUCUCGACGCGUCCAGAGCAGAAGAUCUGUGGGCCGCAGAGGAGGAUCUCAGAGAGUCUGGAGAUGAAGCGCCGUUAUUUAUGUGCUAAUAUUUUAUUUGAAAUAAAAACUCCUCCGUUUUUAAAGGA